AUGCACCUCGAUGACCCUGACCUGCUCCACAACAUCAACCGUGUGAUUCGCGAAAUGGGAUUAGUCGGUAAAGCGGUUACAUUUCGGAUGGACCAAGAAGCGGCUCUUGGAGCCCUUGCCGAGAAACUCACCAAGUGCGAUAGCAGCCCUGCCAGCGCAACUUUGAUCGACGUGGUUCCGGGCUACAGGCCCCAGUCGAAGGGAUCGAUUGAGCGGCAGGUUGAAACUAUGAAGCAGGGUUUCUGGUCUGUUUGGUUGGACCUGGAGAAAGAGGUUGCUAAGGUGAAGCAGGAAACGGAAGCCGUUGAGCUUGGGAAGUAUCGGUUACCUUUGGGAGGUUUGCUUUGGCAGGCCUGUGUUUUCUACGUCAGUAAGUCCAAGGCGCACCAUGAUAAGUUCAGGGGCGCCCGGACCGUGAAAGCGGUUUAUCUGGGACCGGUGCACGCCAAAGGUGGCGGCAUCUUUGCCGUCCCUGUCGGAAGCAGUGAAAUAGAUAUAUUCCCCGUCGCCAGAAUGAUUCAGGGAGGUGACAUCUACGAUGCCAAGACCCUGGAAGAGCUAUCUUUAGCUAAGCCUCUUCUGCAGGACACUGAGGACCCCGAGAGGCCCAUACUGUUUGAUCCGUUGGAGGCUCCUGGUGAUGAUGCUCCUGAUGAGGGGGCGGGUGUGGGAAUGGAUGAAGAUGGUGAUGAAGAGAUGAUCGAAGAUGAGCUUGGUGACUAUUCUCCUUCGGAAGCGCCUGAGAACCAGGAGGUUGUGAACGAUGAGGGGGAUAUGGAAAUAGACUGGCUCACGAAUCACUAUCUUGAGUCCCUGUUUCGAGGGCCUGACCUUCGAGCCGCCUCCACUGCAGUCGCAAAGUCGUUUGAUUUGAAGUUUGGGGGUACGAAGAUAAGGUGUGCUGUUCCCCAGGACGCUGUUUCUGAGACUUCGGGAGAGAAGCUAGAACCCGACCUCCUUUACGCAUCAAUGAAGCUUGAGUUGGAAGAGUUGGAGUCCUUUAAGGUUGGGGAAGUGAUCCCUGAGCGCGAAGCUCGCCGUCUUGCUAAGGAAAACGGCAGGCGAGUUUUGACUAGCAGGUGGGUCAACACGGUCAAGAAGAAGGGACUGUAUAGAUCUAGGCUAGUCGUGCGGGAUUAUGCCUCUAUGGGAGGCACCACCUUGAGUGAGGGAAUCUACUCUCCUACUACUUCAUUGGAGGGUCUGAGAUUGCUUCUAUCAAUGCUCUGCCGACGUGGCAGUGUGUUGUCCUGCGAUGUCUCGGUAGCGUUCAUGCAUGCUCCCGUAGCGAGGGCAGAAUUCGUAGAGUUGCCGAAUAAUGUGAGCACCCAGGGGACUGGGGAACGAGUUUUCGUCAAAUUGCGGAAAGCGAUGAACGGAUUGCGCUCUGCUCCAUUAUCUUGGUAUUGCGAGUUGGCUGAAUACUUGCGCUCUCAGAACUUCGAAGCAAGUUUGGAUCCCACUAUAUUCCGUCGUCUUACGAGGAAGGGUUUGACGAUUGUGUUGUUUUAUGUGGAUGACUUGCUGAUCUAUAGUGAAGAUGAAGCUGAGGGGCGUCGGUUCUACGAGGAGUUGCGUAAAAGAUACAAACUGAAACUUACGGGCGAGUUGAUUCAAGAUUGCCCCGGGGAAGUCUCGUUUCUCGGUCGGCGGAUCUUUCGCCGUAAGAAAGGGGAACGUACGGUGUAUUUCGGGCUAGACGAACAGUACCUGAGUUCCUGUUGCGAGGAGUACGGAAUCACCAAACCUGCACCAAAGCUCCCUUUCCUUGAACGCCGCUAUGCUGAGUUGCUGAAGAAAGGCCAGACUGAGCCGAUCAGUCCAGCUGCUCACGAAAGGUACAGAAGGACUCUGGGCCGUUUGGCCUGGGCGGCUUUAUCACGACCAGACCUGCAGUUUGUGUGUGGGUUUCUGGGCCGCCACCAAGCAGCUCCUGACGAGGCUGCCGAGACCUGUAUGAGGGAUGUCCUUCGUUGGGUCAAGGGUCUUCCGCACAAGGUCCAGAGGUUUCCGAGCAAAAGGGAGAUCUUGGAAGAUGAUGCGGACCCUGCCUCUGUAUCUUGUUUUACGGACGCGAGCUGGAGUCUGAAUUCGGUAAGCGGCGGAAUCAUCACGUGGGAGAACUGUUCCCUGAAAAGCUUCAGCAGGAAACAAACGACUACCGCACUCUCCAGUGCGGAAGCUGAACUCGCUGCACUCACAGAGGUUGCUCGUGAAGGGUUGUACAUUGCUUUGCUUGUGGAGACCAUCCGCGAGGGAAAGUGA